AUUUUUAUACUCCCAUAUUCUAUAAAACAGAAUCCUAUCUUCAAGUCGUUGAAAUAGAUUUUAUGUUUAUUAUUUGUCAAUCAUAAAUUUUUAACCAUGCUUUUUAAUCUAAGUAAAUCGUCACAGAAACUUAAUUUUUUUUUUAACUUUAGAACGUAUUCUAAGAUAAUUAAUGACAUUUUACCCAAAAAUGUAUUGGAAGACUAUCAUACAGCUUCAAAACAGGCUCAAUUAGGGAAUAUUUAUGAUAAACGUCCAUUCAAAAUUACUUUAGAUAAAGACAAGACUUACAAUUGGUGUUCUUGUGGCAUGAGCCAUUCUCAACCAUUUUGUGAUGGUACUCACAAAAAUCAAAAACUUAAGAUCACUAUGAAACCAGUAAAAUUACAAGUUACCGAAACUAAAGAAUAUUGGUUAUGCAAUUGUAAGCAAACAAAACACAGACCUUUUUGUGAUGGGUCUCACAAACAGCUACAUGUACAAGAAGCAAUAAAAAAGUAUUAAUUAGGAUAUUUUUACUUUUGUUAUAGUUUUAUAUAUUUCAAGGAUUAUAGUUUUUUGUACUGACAAAUAUUUUCCACAGUAAAUAAAAACAUAUAAUAUUUGAAAGCAUUA